ACCUUUUUAGUUCGAUUUUAAAUUGAAGUAUUAUUUUUAAAAUUGUUGGCCUGAUGAUGAUGAAAUGCGUGCUUUGCUAUGAGUCAGUUAACUGUUGACCUUAAUUUUUCUCAUACUUCAUACAAAUUAGUGUUGGUAAACGUAUAUAGUAGUAUGGUAAUUGCAUUCUGCAUGAUAAUCAACAAUCAUAAAAAUAUGUACACAAACGCUGCGCUCUGUUAACCGACAAUUACAUGUGUCUUAAAAAUACGGUGCGUGUUAAAUAAAUGCAUCUAAAUCGUGGUAUACAUUUUUUAUAAUCUAGUGCAUUUGUGCCAAAACAUUCAUUCACCUACAAGCCAUCAUGCAGUCGUAGCGUUCCACCGCGCCUAUAAUAACGCUGAGACAAAAGCAAAAGGUUUCGCGCCGAAAAGGAAGACGGCAAAAAUACGCAAAGCGGUCCGGAAAAAUAACAAAAACCCACUCUAAAUGGACUCUGCGACGGGGAGAAUGUGUUUGAAUUAAUUGCAAACGUGGAUACAGUGCGUGCGCGCUUGUGCAAGCGGUAGUAAUUGUGAUCCGUCGACCGUCAACUGCCGCCGCCCCCACCCUCCCCUUGCCUACACACUCACACAAUGGCUCCAGCAAAAAAACGCGAGAAAGACAAUAAUGCAGAUGACGCUGCAACUAAUGGCCUGAAUGGCAUGUCCAACGGAGCGGCGGAUGCCGCAACGGCCUCGUCAACAGCAACGACCACUGCCACUGCAAUCGCAGGUACUACUGUACCGCCGACGCCGGCCGAUGGCCAGGUCAAACUCAAUGGACACCAGCAGGAGCAGGAACUCUUUUUGCAGGCGUUCGAAAAGCCCACUCAGAUAUAUCGCUACCUACGCAAUCGGCACGAGACAAAUCCCAUCUUCCUGAAUCGAACGCUUAGCUACAUGAAGGAGCGCAUGUCGCGUAACAACAAGAAGCGGGCCAGCUUUCAAGUUGACUCCAUGCUGGACAGCAUCAUUCAGAAAUCAGAGGCCGUCACCCAAAACUACCUGCACGUCAUAUACGAUUCUCUGCACGAGAAACUGAAGGCCGCAACGGCCGAUGGCGGCGGCGACGAUUUGCUGCAGGAGCAACUGCUGUGCGAGGCGGGGGAGUCGGUGUGCGUCGAGACAACGCUGUACAAGAUAACUCGCAGCAAGCGCAAAGACAGCACACUGGACUUCCAGGAGCUUCUUAGCAAGAGCUCGCAGAUCGUGUACAAUCCGAAGGAUAACAUUGGAGAGCACGCAACCAUUAGCAUACCGUUGCAGACGAUGCAACCGAUGGGGGAGCAGCACACGCUGUACAAGCUGCUCUUCCGCAUCAAGGUGCUGGCGCCGAGUUCGUGCAAUGACGAGAAUGCAGAAACACCUCCCAACAAAAGGUCGCGUCGCAACGAGAAGAUGUUCGGUUCGGAGCUGAUAUUAUACGAGAAAUCCAGUGGCUUCAUCACCGAGGGCGAGUACGAGGCGAUGCUGCAGCCCUUGAACUCGUCCAGCAUCAAAUCCUUCUCACCAAAGAAAUGCACCUGGGAGACAAUGCCCGACAGCUACAUUCCGCUCUCGCUGACCUACGAUGUCUAUAAGCAGAGUCCCAUGCUCAAGUUCCAUUUGACGCUCUCAAAUGAGGAGCUGCCAGAGAUUAUAUCCGCGCCGGAACUGCAGCGUUAUGUUCAGCCUUUGGAUGCGGUGGCCGAGAUGAAUCACAACAACAAUAACUACAGCAACAACAAUAACUGCAGCGCAUUAAAGAAUGGUGGAAGCGGAAUCAAAUCGAUGCCGGAGCACAUCCAGAUAGUGUACAAUUUCAUGUACAGCAACAAUACGCGCCAGCAGACCGAGUACACCCAGGAGCUUAAUUGCCCGUGGUGCGGACUAGACUGCCUUCGCCUGUACGCACUGCUGAAGCACUUGAAGCUGUGCCACGCCCGCUUUAACUUUACAUAUCAGCCGGCAGGAAGCGGGGCGCGCAUUGACGUUACCAUCAAUGAUGGCUACGAUGGGUCGUAUGCCGGUUCGCCGUACGACCUGGCCGGGCCUUCGGGAUCAUCAUUCGCCCGCACGUGCGGCCCGGUGCGACGCACUUCGGUCACCAGCCUAAUGGUGUGUCGGCCUCGGCGCCAGAAGACUUGUCUGGACGAGUUCCUGGAGCUGGACGAAGACGAGAUCAGCAAUCAACGUUCUUAUAUAACGGGCCACAACAGGCUUUAUCACCACACAGAGACCUGCCUGCCAGUGCAUCCCAAGGAGCUGGACAUCGACUCGGAGGGCGAGAGCGAUCCGCUGUGGCUGCGCCAAAAGACCAUUCAGAUGAUCGAUGAGUUCUCCGACGUCAACGAGGGCGAGAAGGAGCUGAUGAAGCUGUGGAACUUGCACGUGAUGCGUCACGGAUUCGUUGGCGACUGCCAGCUGCCGUUGGCUUGCGAGAUGUUCCUCGACGCCAAGGGCCAUGAGAUUGUGCGCAAGAAUCUGUAUCGCAACUUUAUCCUGCAUAUGUGCUCGCUGUUCGAUUACGGCCUGAUUGCGGCCGAGACAGUCUAUAAAACAGUCCAGAAGCUGCAGGGGCUGCUGAGCAAGUAUGGAGCUGGCCAGGAGCUAAUGCAGCGUCAGCGCGAGGCCCAACUUAAGUUUUGGCUGGACGUUGGCAUGCACAAGAAGCAGGAGGAUCCCAAGGCCCACAAAUCACCUCAAAAAGCUGCUCCGCCGGCAGACGCUGGAGCUACCUCCUCCCCCACUGCCACCGCAUCCACCUCCUCGAACAGUUCGGCAAGCUCGAGUGCCAUGCAGCCGCCCAAGCGGAUGCCGGCUCAUCUGAAGCGGGCCAGUGCAGCCGCCGCCGCCACCGCAGCAGCUGCAUCUCAAGGUAAAGCUUCCGAAAAUGGAAACAACAACAGCAAGAACGUGGCCAAGAAGAGCGCAGAUCAGCCGCCUCCUACCCUGGCCAACACAAGAGAGCGACGCUCCGAUCCGGGCGUUAAGCGCAGUGUCAGCGGAACCCGACUCGGAGGAGGUCCAGAGUCUCGUACUGCCUCGGCACCUGUCUCGAAGCGCAAGCUUAGCGCCAAAGAUAACACAGCAGCGCUCACCAAAAGACAGCGCUACAGCGACAGUAGCGCCGGAGCAGGACCCGGAAAUGGGACUGGAGCGAGCCGCAACAAAAGCAAUAACCACACACUGCCAGCAACCAGCGACAUGAACAACAGCAGCAGCAGCAGCAGCAAGCGGCUGAUCGCGCGACGCCGCUCCACCUCGGAGCGGACCAAGGCGAAUGCAUCAUCAGGAGCUGGUGGAGGAGUACGCACCAGGCUCUCGGUGCCGGUCAAGUACGAGAGGCGCUGACGCAGGCGCCGUCGACGUCGCCGUUGCUGCUGCUGCUGCUCCUCCGCAUCCUCGUUCACCGCCUCCCAUUGACCACACAUCGCUAGGGCUUUAUUUGUUUAAUUUGUUCAAUCAAUCGGGAAGCUGAGAGUUAUGCCACGCCAGGCAACGCCUUUAUCCCUCUUCUUAUCAUUAUCGCUAUAUUAUAUUAUGUUGUGUUAUAUUUUAAUGGAUCUAUUACUAUGUUGGACAUUUUGUAAAGUCUUGUUUCGGAUUCAAAAUUGACCUCAAAAACCAGUAGCACUCUUCAGUUAAUCACAUUUUUACGCCAGAUACUUAAGAGUACAGAAUACAGGGCUCAAGGCUAAACUGCUACCGGGAUAAUCAAUUCAAAACUAAUUUGAAUUAUCUUACACCUAAUCUUAAUCAAAUUCGGGUCAUGUAAGGCAACGUUUUGCGGUAGAAGCGUAGAAAAGGAAGCAUCAAUUGUAAUUAGUGCAGAUUGUAUACAAAUAUAUAUAUUUACAGCCAUAA